UCCCGAUCUCAGCCAGCCGCGCAUCCUCCCGCAGAACUGAGGGUCAGCGUAUGGGAAUACAGCGGGGCGACAUCACACCUGGCUCUGAAGGAUACCCCCACAUCCGAGGCGUCGGAGGAGAAGCAGCAUCCGAGAAAAUAUCUGGAGUCAGACGUGACAACCUGUCUACAUCAAAGCUGGGAGUUCAGAGGAAAGAAGCAGUCCUCUAAAGCUGUAAAAACACUCUCCAACUUUCCCAGAGUUCACGAAGUCCCACACUGAUGAGUGUCUGAGAAGAUACCGCUCUCUCAAGACACCGUGUUGGAUUGAGAGGUUCAGAUGGUUUGCCAGAACCUCGUUUCCUGGCAGCCCCACUUCAAAAGGGUGGAGGUCACAGGAUUCCUGCUUGGUGGAGCACUUUGAGGAUUAACACAACUUUGAAACAAAGGGGUACUCCUUAUGGUCACCAUAAUGGAUCCUGGAUACAAUGCCAGACUACAAACCUGGAUUUUCAUGCUUUUUCUUUUCUUGGGAUUACAUGCUGGUGUAGAUCAGUUUGUUUCUUCCACACUACAGGGGUACAUUAGAGACAUGGACAUGACAUGUCCUAAUGUAUGCAGGUGCGACGAGGACUUUAUCUAUUGUAAUGAUCGUGGGCUGAGCUCCAUCCCAUCACUGCCUCCCUCUGCAUCUGUCCUGUACCUCCAGAACAAUCACAUAAACAACCCAGGGCUUCCCUCCUCCCUGGUGCGCCAGCUUUCUGUCCGUGUUGUCUACCUUUAUGAUAAUGAGCUGGAUGAAUUUCCCAUGCAGCUCCCACCGUCUGUUCGUGAACUGCACUUGCAGGACAACAACAUCCGCGUCAUUCCUCGCAAUGCUUUGGCUCGAAUGCCCUUGUUGGAGAAGCUGCACCUAGAUGAUAACUCUAUUUCCACUGUGUCCAUUGAAGAUCAGGCCUUUGCUGACAACCCACGAUUGCGCCUUCUUUUCCUUUCCCGGAAUCAUUUGUCUAGUAUCCCCUCAGGACUGCCAGCUUCUUUGGAGGAACUUCGUCUAGAUGAUAACCGCAUUUCCACCAUCCCGACUCAUGCCUUCCGAGGUCUCACCUCACUCAGAUGUCUCGUGCUGGAUGGGAACCUUCUAGCAAACCAGAGGAUUGCCGACGACACAUUCUCCCGCCUUUCAAACUUGACCGAGUUGUCCUUAGUACGAAACUCCCUGCAGACACCUCCUGCUAACCUGCCCACAAACCAUCUACAAAGACUGUCUCUACAGGACAAUGCUCUGACUCAUAUGCCUCGAGGUUCCUUGGAUAGCAUGCACAAGCUUCAGAGGCUGGAUUUGUCAGGAAACAACCUGACUACUCUUCCAAGAGGACUGUUCAAAGACCUUGACAAUCUUGGUCAACUGCUGGUGCGCGGAAACCCCUGGCACUGUGGCUGCAACCUACGUUGGUUGUUUGACUGGUUGCGAGCCCGUGGAAACUCCAUCACUGUCAGAGGUCUUACCUGCCAUGGGCCUGAACGAGUACGUGACAUGGCCUUGAUUGAUUUGGUGAGUGAGAUGGAGGAAUGUGAGGUAAUAAGAAUAUCAGGGGCUAAGGACAAAGUGGGUGGAACCGGAGCAGAAAGUUCAACCACAAAUGCCCCUCCACAGGGUUCACUCUUCACCCUCCGCUCAAAACGACCUGGCUUGGGGAUCCCCGACUCUGGUUUAGAUUACACACUUAGCAGCAGUGGUGUGGGGAAGAGUUUGGCCCUAAAUGUGAAACCUCUUUCUCACAAUAGUAUUCGUGUUACCUGGAGUGUGGCUCAGCCAAGCUCCUCUUUUAGACUGAGCUGGCUCCGACUUGGUACUGGGAAUGCCAUGGGAUCGAUCACAGAGACACUUGUCCGGGGUGAUCGUCGAGAGUAUCUGCUAACCUCCCUUCAACCUCGGUCCAGCUACAUCAUCUGCAUGGUGCCACUGCCUGGCAGUUCAGAGAGCAAAGGUUUAAUUUCUGGAGAUGUUGACUCUGAUGAAGCUUUAGUUUGCGCAAAAGCAGAAACUUCAGACCUCAGCCCAUUAGAAGAGGGGGAAAAUGACAACUCACAACAGAUUACAGCGCUUCCACUUGCAGGGAUUAUUGGUGGAGCAACUGCUACUGUAUCCCUGGCUCUGAUUUUUGGUAUAUUUUGUUGGUAUGGACACAGGACUGGUCAUUUGUGUUCCCGUGAAACCUACGCUCGCAACAGUUCGAGAAAAAGCAAAAACUAUGAUGACUAUAUUGAAUCUGGCACCAAGAAAGACAAUACCAUCUUGGAGAUUCGUGGCCCCGGUUUCCAGAUGACACCUAUGGCAGCUUGUCAACCAAUGCAGCCAAAACUCUUAAGAGAGGAUUACAUCAUUCAUACCAUCUUCCCCUCCAAUGGCACUGGCUUAUACAAAGGUUCCAACCAUGUUACCAACACAGGGCAUGGCACCAACCGUGGCUAUAGAGAAGGGGAAAUCCCAGAUAUAGACUAUUGUUACACAUGAUGUAGUGCAGGAGAUGCUGUUCAUAAGUAUUAAUGGUAAAACUGUAUAAAUGCACAAUUUCCCUUGGCAUGGACACUUCUGAAGCACCCCUCUGUGCCUUCUUCCUCUGGUCUCCCAUUCCAAAAAGACCUGCUGUUCACCACACUGAAAGUACUGCAAGUGAUUCACUAAAACUGAGACUAUGUGGGAACAGCUCACACAGCAGGAGGCAGCAGCCAGUGCCACAGGUGUCGACGCACAGCUGAGUGUGUUUUUUUCACCAUCUUAGUAAUGGUCUGUGUAUGAAUCCUUUUUUUGCUCUUUCUCUGUGACAUGUUGGCAAAGAAUGUAUCCUCAGUGGGUGGGUCGAAAUUAGCGUGGGCACAGGUAAAGUUUUUUUUUUCAGCACAGAAGCCACAGCAGCUAAUUCAAAAUUUAUUGAGUAGAGAAACGGACAUUUUGGGUAUUAAUUUCUUGCUCACCAGUUGCACACACACACUUAUGUAGUCCUAUUAACUCCUGGUCCCGAAUGCCUCAAUUAAUAUCGAUGUGCCCUACCAUACCCAAGGAAAGGGCUGUGUAAAGCUGUGAAUUGUUUUGUUUCAAACAACCCAGUAACCGCUUGUCUUAAAAUAGGUUUGGUAUUACCUUUGGGAGUAGAUUACAGACUUUUUGUUAUACUUCCUGAGAUCAGUAUUGUAGUGUUGCAACAAGAAAUGCAGCACAAGCAUGUCCUUACUUUCCUUUCAUGCUGACUGGGCUGUGUCAGGAAGAUGAUCUGCUGUUUUUAUGAGUAAUUUGUUAAUACAUUUCUGCAAAGCACUCCUUAUUAGUUUAUUUUAUCUGCUAAAACAGCUUUUUAUAUAUUUUUAUCCAUUUUGUGUUACUAUUGAAGAAACUCAGCAACUAAAGACAAAAGUGGCUUUGUUUCAUCUAAACUAAAAGUGAGGAAAACAACAUUUAAAUGGACGUCUACAGGUUUGUAUUUUCUUAAAAAUAUAAAAGGUUGUUCUUGGUUGAGACCGACUGUAUUGUUAUGUAAUUUUAAAAUUAGAUUCCGCCCAAAGACUAGCAUGUUUGCCGACUCAGACAUUAGAGACCAACCUCAAUUGCUCUUUUCAAUGUUGUCUUUGUGCUUCACCUGUGACUUCAGUUAGCUGACAUUUGGUUGUGAAAAACUUUCCCCUGUGUUCUGACAGACUGGACAAAGUUGGAGCCUCCUACUGGAGGCGAACUCAUGUGAGUGGACCUCAAGGUGAGGCCAAGAACUGUGAGCGCAACUGAGAAGACUCAAACCGCAACACUGUUGACCUACACUGUGGGGCGACGGCCAAGCUGUGGGGUUGGGUGGGUGUGUGUAUGGAAAGCUGGGGGAGAAGAGCUGGGAGACAGGGUGACUCAUCCGUGAUUGGAGUUCAAUGAUGUUUGUCUUAGCGGAGGAAAAGGCCUCUACUCAUUCCACAUUUUUAUGACCAAGCAGCACUAAAAAUGUAAAUGUGUUAGCACUUAGCAAGGGAGAGGGAGAAAUGUAGUGACAGAUAUGCAGAGAUGGAGGGUGAAGAAACAUUGCAGUGCACCGAUAACGAUGCAGAAUUGAUGGCUUUGAUGCUGUUGGGUUUAAACACACAUAAAUCUCCUUGUCAUACCUGGCUCCUACCCUUAGGUUUAAUAUUGUCCAUCAGUCGUUUACCACUGUGUUGCUUCCAAAGGGGAAACCAACUGUGCUUCCUUGACUGUUCUGUCCGGCAGAGGUUUACACUGGUGUCAGACAAUACGUCAGUGGAAUGUAUAUUUGAACUUGCACCCAAAUUAACUGGCUUAAGCAAAUCUUACCAGCCUCGCUAAUUCUGUUGUGGGGAAUGUUGAUGUAUUGUAAUUGUUAUUUUAUAGUGGGUCUAUUAAAGAUGUGUACUUUCUCUUUAUUUGUAUAAAUAAAACCAUGGCCACAGCCACAUGAUUUUUUUUUUUCUAGUGAAAUCUUUGAAGGUGUCAUAACUUUUGUGUUUUAAAAAAAAUCUGUGAACCUGAGAUGUGUCUGGAAUUUUGCUUUUUUCAGUUUGUCUUUAGAGGGAAUCAAUAAAAAUUUUAUAAUCUUGUUA